CUGGUUCAAGUCUAGGCUGUCUGCGUCUGGACUCUAUCGGGCGUGCGCUUCAAUAGCCACAUCAUGUCCUAGACUUGCAGCCAGAUGUACUCAAACUCUUCCUUCUUUGAUGUGCGUUGUACACGCUCUACAUGCGGCCUAAAAGUCCACAGGAAAAUUCUAUGAAUGAUGCGCGCGCCCACAUGCGAGAUGUCAGCGCUAGGAUCCGCCUCAUGUCGAUUGGGCUAUGUAUGGAGCACAGGACUUAAAAACGACAGUUCUGCGCAAGAUGGUAGCCUUCGCUCCUCCACUCACAGAGAAUACUGACUAGACUCCAGCCACACAAUGUCGACUGUCCCUCUGCCUGCUGGAGGCUCUGGAGGCAAGAUACCAAGAGUUCCUAGUCCAGGAUACGACUUGGGACCCGUGGCAGAGAGUCCUAUCUCUGAUCACGCUGUCCUUGGCUCUUCUUCUUCAUUGCCCUUCGGACGCUCAUCAGGCCUUGAUGAGGCCCCGAUCCCCGUGCCGAGCCUGCCAGGUGACAAUGCUAGUGUACCUUACAAUGGGGGCCUUGCGUCAAUGGUGGAUAGCUGCAAUAUUCCCACUGCUGGUUCCAAUACCCCUCAAGCUACGAGACGAGAUACAGACGGCGGCAACGCUGAGCCGGCUUUGCCAAUCAUAUGCAUCGCUCCCUUCGACGUAAAUUGCAUGAAAUACCUCCGAGAUGUCUUCUAUCCUCCGGACUCAUCGAGAUCAAAAAUCCUUACACUUCAGCCUGGCGUAUGGGAGUUCAAGCGGCCAGGUAUCCCACUCGGCUGGAAGGCCCACGAAUGCCCAGAGGGAAAAUUAUACUUCUACUAUAAAUCUCGACGUCUGUUGACGAUGAUCGACAUUGAAAACGAUCAGAAUCGCCGGCAAAUUGAACGAGCUGGUGAUGACCUGUUGUCUCAACUGGCAAGUAUGGAUGCUCCGGAUGAUGCAGAGAUAACCUUGAUGAAAACCCACCAUGGGGAGGAGGAAGCCAUCGGGUAUUAUGUGGCGAGUAUGUCGCACCAACGUAUCUUUUGGUUCAAAGAAGUCGAGGUGUCGUACGUCACGAAUGGCGAGCGGGCGGUUGUGUCUGAGAUGCAUCUUGAGAAGGCCGUACGAGAGCAGUUUUGGCAACACGUAGAGAUGUUCCCGAACCAUCGUGGCUUGCUAGGAGUUGCGAUACGUGAGCUCAAAGAUGCAUUUGCAUAUGGCCUGUGUGAGGAUGAAAUCAACCCCGUUAACACGGCGGCAGCAGCUAGGCUGCUAUAUUCAAUAUAUAAGGAGCGUUUCCUACACUUCCAUGGCGAAGCUGGUGCCCGGCUGGAUCGCAAGGACAGUGCCUACAAGGCCGAUAUCAGAGGCCCUCGAUCCAUCAUUUUCAAUUUUAUCUUGCCUCUCCUAUUCUACAUGCCGUCUAUGUACCUCGAAAAGCUUGAGGGUAUAUCUGUUGACAGCUCGUUCUACAAUCUCUAUUGGUCUCAGUUCGUUGAGGCGCUCAAAAGGGACUGGGAAGGCUCGAUCAUUCCCGCUACUGUGUUGCUCUCGGCAAACGUCGGCUUUUUGGCAAUCAAUAGCAUCGACACCACGAGUCCCAACAAAAGCGCCGCUCAGAUUUCGAGCUACAUCUCGUCAAUCUUUAGUCUGGGCAUCUUCAUCGUUGCGCAAAUCCUUAGCAGGCGCCAUCUGCUUUUUGUUAACAGACAACCGCAACCGCGGGAUAUGCUGCAAUUCACCAUUGCGGGCGAAAGCCGUCUAAUUGGUCUUGAGGGCGUGGCCGUUGCAUUUAGCCUUCCGACUGCUCUCUUUCUUUGGAGUGCGGUCGCAUUUAUAGUGGCUUUAAUGUUCAUCUUCUUUGAAAAUGGCAGCUUCGCGACAAAGGUGGUUAUGGGCGUCGUCAUUGGCUUUAUGGGGAUCGUGGUCAUUCUACUACUCUACAUGGAGUAGGAAGGCACGAUCAUCAGCCCGUCGCCACUAUGGGUGUUGCCUGCCAAAACGUUACGCUCAUUCUGGGAGAGGCGGUCAAAUAAAGACCUUGCCGUAAGUGGCAAUUCGCGCUUGCGACUCCAAAAGCGCAAACAUGAAGUUAGAGAAGAGUCUUUGGUAAACAUGGUGACACCGUUGAGGUUACCUGGUCCGUAGUGGUGUUGUCUGGUGGCCCAUACGCUGCCGAUUUUUACAUCAGAUCUUCGCUGGACUCUAAUGCUCACAAUUCAUGUAACCUCUAGUCUGGCCCGGGUGCUGGCUUGGAAGGGCUUCCGACCCGGCUUGUAUGUCGAGCCCGCCAAAUUGCGGCUCUGAAUAUUAGACUUAUCGUAUCUGGCAUGUACUCUUGUAGGCCACAACGAAACAUAAGG